AUGCCCCACACCGGAGAACAUAAAAAUCCAAUGAAAAUAUUUGGAAUGGAGCCAGGUACCGUAUGCUGGCUCGGUUAUUCUAUGUGGCCAAAUGUAUAUUUAUACCGAAAAAAACAGAAAGAAGCCGUCAUUCAAGGAAUUCAUGAAUACCUUUGUCAGUUCUUUGGAUCUUCUAUUAAUUAUACAAUCCUAUCGGAAAAAAAAUCAAAGGAACUACCUCCAACUCUCAAAGGUGUCAGUAGCAGUGAUAUCUGGAUACCAGAUGGAAAAACACAAGAGGAGUUGGAAUCUUAUUUCAAUGAUUAUCCUAUUCAAGAAUAUCUUAAACUAAGUGGCAAGUUGAAUAGCAGAUUUAUUCAAAAUUCUGUUGUUUAUCGAAGUGAAUACUUGAAAAUUGACAAUUGUGGAAAUUAUGGAGAAGAGAUGUUGCUCAACUUCAAAGGAAGACAUCUUCUUUUUGUAAACACGAAUUUUCGUGAUUCUACUAUUAUUCAAUUUUUAAACAAAUGGAAGUCUAAUCAAGGAUUUCAAAACGUGAACAACUCUGUUUAUCAAUUUGCAUCUGCAAGAUGA